AUGAACCCCCUUAAUAGUGCCACGGACGUAAUACGAUGUGACCUGUGUGAGGUCGCUGUGGUACAGAUAUACUGCAAUGCAUGUCUCGUCAACCUGUGUAAGGCCUGUGUAGGAGUACACAUGUGUUCCGAUGAAUCCAAAACACAUGAUUUUGUCCCGUUCAAGCUUCGAAAAUCCACUGCCGUCUACCCUGGAUGCACAUUUCAUCACAAAAAACGAUGUGAAAAAUACUGUUAUCAAUGUGACAUUCCUAUCUGUUCGUACUGUUUGUUAUCUUACCGACACCAGGUUCAUAAAGUAUCAGACAUCUUGCAAGUUGUGGAAGAAAAAAAGAAAGAAAUCAUCAAAAAACAAACCGAAUUGAAAGAAAGAAUUUACCCAACCUACCAGGACAUUGCCUUUGAUAUACAAAACAGAAUGAGUCAAUUAGAAAAAGAAUAUGGAGAUCUCUCAUCAGCCAUAACCAAACAUGGAGAGGACUGGCACAGAGAAAUUGACAAACUUGUCAAGAACCUAAAAGCUCAAGCUGACGAGAUGAAAAACACACAGUUACACAUUUUACAUAAACAUCUGAAUGAAAUAAACAUUAAGAUUCAUGACAUAAUGAAAGAAAUUGAGUUAUGUAAAUGUGCUUUAGACUCUAAUGACAUAUUAAUACUGUCCGAUGUUAAAUUCAAUGUAGAAAAGUAUAAAAACCUUCCGAAAAAUAUUCUGCCAUCUUCACCAAUAUUUAUGGCACAAAAAGUCCAGGGGGAAAAACUGAUUAAAGUAUUUGGCACGUUAUCAUCAAGUUCUGUAACUUCAGAUAAACUUGGCUACAGCAUGAAUCCACCAGAGAAAUCAUCAGAAGCUGGAUCCUCUCCUCCAGUCAAACAGCUGCUUGAUAAACCAGAGACUGUCACCACUAUUUACAACUAUGCAUUUGCACAUGGAGAGGACUGGGACAGAGAAAUUGACAAACUUGUCAAGAACCCUAAAGCUCAAGCUGAUGAGUUGAAAAACACACAGUUGCAAAUUUUAUAG